UUAAAUUUGUACAAAUCUGCAUCACACUUGGUUAAAAUUUAAUUUUGUUAUCACAAAUUUCAACAUUAUAAUCAUAAAAAACCAUGUUCCAUUAUAUCCCAAGCAAAUGAAGCCGAGGACAAAUUCAUGGGUCGAUGUUCCACUAAACGUAACUCACCGGCGACCAUAAUGCAAUGCGCAUGCACUACUAUCACAAUGUCAUUACCCCAUAUAUAUCACCUCAUGUUUCCUCUGAUUCAUGUCUCUUUCGUUGAAAAGAUUGAAUCCACGUCAAAGGUUGUCUCCCACUACAACAUUUAUACAUAUAUACGUCGUAUAGAGGGUAUACAUAUAUACUCAGACCAGAUUCUUGAGGUUCUUGGAUCGUAACCAUGCCGUCCGCAACGAUCGACAUUGCAGCUUCUGGUGGUGGUGAUGGAGGAAGAGUUAGGUCGAGGAAGGGGAAGACAGAAGCCCGUAUCGGGUUUUUGAGAUCAUGUCUUGUCUCGUUCGAGAAGAAGAAGAGAAGCAAGGCUGACAUCAGAAGAGUUGUGCAUAGCGUCAAGGUUGGGUUUGCGUUAGUAUUGGCCUCUCUCCUCUUUCUUCUCGACCCUCUCUACAAGAAAGUUGGCGAUAACGCCAUGUGGGCUAUCAUGACUGUCGUUGUCACCUUCGAGUUCUUCGCCGGUGCAACCCUCUGUAAGGGCUUGAACCGGGGGCUCGGCACAAUACUGGGAGGUGGGUUAGGGUGUUUGGCUGCAGCCUUGGCUCAAGAAGUAGGCGGAUUCGGACAUGCUUUUGUGAUUCUCGCAUUCGUUUUCGUAUUCGGUGCCGGUGCUUCGUAUUCAAGAUUGGUUCCAGCCAUCAAGAAGAGAUAUGACUAUGGGGCAUUGAUAUUCAUCCUCACGUUUAACCUGGUGGUUGUGUCUGGCGUACGAGCAGAGAGAGUGUUGGAGUUAGCUCGGGAACGCCUUCUGACUAUCGUUAUCGGAUUCUGCCUCUGUAUCUUCGUCAGCUUGCUCGUUUUUCCUUUGUGGGCAAGCGACGAACUUCACGAUUCACUCGCUUCAAGAUUCAGAGACCUCUCCGGAUCAAUUGAAGGUUGCUUGGAUGAAUAUUUCAGAUCCCCUGAAAACAAACCCAGUUUCAGUUUCAGCGGCUGCAAAUCGGUUCUGCAUUCGAAGUUAAGGGAUGAAACUCUGGCGAAUUUCGCUAAAUGGGAGCCAUGUCAUGGAAGGUUCAGGCUUUUUCACCCGUGGGACAAGUAUCUGCAGAUCGGAGAACUUCUUCGUGACCUUGCUGCAACUAUCCUUUUGUUCGAACCUUGUCUCAGAUCCUCUAAAGAGGCUUCCGAGUUGCUGAAACAGUCGAUUGAAGAACCGAGUGAGCUCACAGGGACAACCCUUGUCUGGAUCUUGGGAGAGCUCGGAGAAAGCAUCACGAGAAUGAGAAGAAGCGAGCUAUCGGAGGACAUAACGCCAAAGCUGAAAGCUGUGAGGAGAGAGCUGAGUUCAACGGGUCGGAAACUGGGAAAGGAGGGUUCCUCGGCCGGAGACGUAAUGGCAAUCAUGAGCUUUCUGUUCGUGCUAUCUGAGACAGUAAACAAGGUUGAAGAAGUGGCAAAAGAAGUGGAAGAGCUGACAAAGCUUGUCCAGCCUGCAGGAGAAGCACCAGAUAACAUGAAUGGAAUAGCCACUGGUGUAAAUCCAGAACUCGCCAAGAAAUGUGAACAGAUGUGUUAAGAGACCAGAGAUGAAUAAUGGGUUUUGUCAGAUCCAGUCACAAGUAUCACAUAUAGAUUCUGUUCAGACCAGAGUGUAUAAUCCCUUGUUGGUUCUGCGGCUCGAAGCGUGCAAAAGUGCUAUCCGUUUCAGCAACGAAUCAAAUAUCCCGACGCCAUUGGUCGGUGGAUUACAUAA